CACUGUUCGGGCAGGGAGGGUCCCCGGAUCAGGCCAGCACCCGGGGCUGAAGGGCGCCCCCAGGGUGGGGGAUGGGCGCUCACCGGACGCGGUCCAGACUGAGCAUGCUCAGUUUAGGGUCCGACUCGGCUGGGGCUAGCGGUGCGCCCCAGCGCCCAGUGGUGGGACAGGGAGGCCGGGAGUCUCCCCGCAAGACACAAUGGAAAAGUACCAGAUUUUGGACUGGCUGAAUCCUGGGGCCUUGGGGGUGAACCUUCUGGUGGAGGAGACAAAAACCAAAGUAAAGCACGUGAUAAAGCAGGUGGAGUGCAUUGAUGAGCAUCAGGCCAACGAGGCCCUGGAGGAGUUGAUGCCACUGCUGAAGCUUCAGCAUGCCCACGUCUCCAUCUACCAGGAGCUCUUCAUCAUGUGGAACAGUGAGAUCUCCUCUCUGUUCCUUUGCCUGGUGAUGGAGUUCCACGAGGGAAGCUUCCAGAAUGUCAUUGAGAAGAAGAGGGCGGCAAAGACAGUCAUUGACUCCCAGUGGAUGCAGAACAUGCUGGGCCAGGUGUUGAAUGCGCUGGAGUACCUGCACCAGCUGGACAUUAUCCACAGGAACCUCAAGCCCUCCAACAUCGCACUGGUCAGCAGCGACCACUGCAAACUGCAGGACCUGAGCUCCAACGCACUCAUGACCGAUGUAGCCAAGUGGAACGUCCGUGCAGAGGAAGACCCCUCUCACAAGUCCUGGAUGGCCCCCGAAGCCCUCAAGUUCUCCUUCAGCCAGAAAUCUGACAUCUGGUCCCUGGGCUGCAUCAUUCUCGACAUGGCCGGCUGCUCCUUCCUGGAUAGCACGGAAGCCAUGCUUCUGCGGAAGUCCAUCCGGAGUUCCCCCGACGGCCUGAGGGGUGUCCUGAGGACCAUGGAGGAGAGGAGGGUCCCCGACGCAGAAAUCUUCAGUUCCCUUUUGCCUCUGAUGCUCCAGGCCGACCCGUCGGAUCGAAUAACCAUCAGGGACGUGAUUCACUUGUUUGUGAGCAGCGACUUCAGGUCCUCCAGCAGUGCUCUGACGCUGCACCAGCAGGUGGUGCCUGACUUCAUCAUCGACAGGCUGCUAGAAAGCAACGUCACCAGCAUCUUAGAGAUCCUGCAGAACUUCUCCAGCCACCCCGAAGACCAGCAGAGGGCCCUGGAGGGGCUCCUGGGGACGUCUGAAGACCAGCAAGGUGUGCCGUGGCCGGCGGAGCUGGCGGAGGUGUUGGUCGGCACCGUGAAGCAGCACGACAGGGUCCUUGACGCACAGCCGUGUGCCUGCUCCCUGCUGCUCCGCACCCGGGGCCAAGGACUGGCCACAGACGAGCUGCGGAGGGCCGGGCUGUGCGAGUGCAUCCUGGAGCGCCUGGACGCCCUCCCCAGGAACAGGGACACCUGCUUGAACGGCCUGAGGCUGCUCUGGGCUCUGCUGGUGGACGCUGUCAUCGCGAACAAGGCCCCCUGGGAGAAAGCCCCGGCCCUCAUUGCUGAGGUGCUGGCCGCCUACCCCACGGACGCGGAGAUGGCUGAAGCCAGCUGUGCAGUCCUGUGGCUGCUGUCCUUGCUGGGCUGCAUAGGCGAGCAGCAGUUGGAAGAGGUGGUGGUCCUAAUCCUGCAAAGCAUCCGGGCGUGCCAGGACCGAGCCCUGCUGGUGAACAAUGCCUGCCAGGCGCUGGCCAGCCUCACGAAGAUGUCCGAGCUGGCGGCUCUGCAGGUGGUGAUGCCCGAGGAGGGCAGCAGCGGCCUCACCCUCAUCCAGGAGACGUACCAGCUCCACCAGGACGACCCGGAGGUGGUGGAGAGCAUCUGCAUGCUGCUGGCCCACCUCGCCUCCCACAAGGACAUCCUGUCAGAGCUGGUGUCCAGCGGCAUCCAGCCCCUGGUCGAGGAGAUCCACGGGCGCUUCACCUCCAGCCUGGUGAGUGUUGGGGGGCUGCCUCAGCCAGACCUGGGUGGCACAGAGUCCAGGGGCCAGAGCAGUGGUUUGUGUGGAGGCGACUGGGGCUGCCGCGUGUGUGGUUUUAAGAGGCCCUCCCUGUAUCACCGUGUCCACGACCUGACCAAAGUAAACCCUGGAGAGAAGCAGCAGUGAGACUGCUUCGAAGAAAAGCAGAUUAAAUAACAGAAGUUACUCGUGGGCCCAGAGACCGUCCAUGGAAACGGCUGACCUACUGUUCUCCUUGCAGGAGUUGGUUUCUUACGCACAAAGUGUGCUUCAGA